UUUACCCCUGAAUGCAACUCGCCAUAAAAUCAUUACUAUUUCACAGACUAUCCUCUGCAAAACCAAACAAUAUGCACCCGUUGAAGUUGAGCAAUCUUGAGAUUUCAGAAGACCACAGACCUUUGGAUCCUGACAAAAACACCAUUGCUUGGGAUUGCUUGGCAUUGCCGUCAAAGCUCUUCAGUAGAAACAUCAUCACAAAAUCAAAUCACCGAUACUGCGAGACAAACAGUUCCCGUUCCCCUCCUCGCCAAUCCUGCCAUGUCUUUUUGGCGAUCAGUCAGCCAUCCCGCCAGCCGAUCGACCACCAGGUCUCGGUAAAAUCAGCCACGAACCCAGCUGCGGAGCACAGACCCCCAGGUAUCAUGAUAGAUCGGCCCAAGAGGUAAGGGACAGUAUGGUGGACCGAACGAUAUAUAUCUUGCAGUAUGUCCUUCAGGUCUCGGAGGAUGGAUCUCUGUUGCGUCUGGUACCUAGCCGCGAGAUGUCUGAUCAAUCUGCUACAUAUCUUUUCCGCCCGGCCAGGCAGGCUUUGGUGCCAUUAUCUCCAUCUCCAUCAUCUUCAUCCAUGUUCUCAUCCACUCCUUCAGUGACCCGCACCACGGCUUCCAUCGCAAGUAGCACUAGCCUUCAGCCCCAGCGACGACAAGCGGCAGGGACAUGCCGGGCGGAUGAGUCAACAUGCCCCCAAGCAGGCUGGUGUUGUAACAAAGAUGAGACCUGUUUCCUUGAAGCCGGGGCCUUCUUUUGCUGCCCAACCGGCGCCGGCAAAGGAGGUUGCGUCAGGGUCUGCCACUCCGGCGACUUCCAAUGUGGUGGCACCACCCCCGACACCACCGGCAUCUGUUGCGCCAACGGCCAAACCUGCAUCGGCGGCGAUACACCCCUUCCCUUCUGUGCUGACACUGGCGCAUCGAGCUCUACUAGGAAAACAUCAACCUCACUCACAACAAGCCAAACCAGCACUUCUUCUCACAGUGGCGACUCACACACCUCCAGCACCACAACGUCUCUGCAGUUUCCUACCCCCAGCCCCAACAAUUCCCCCUCCUUCUCGACCUAUCCAACUCAUACGAUAUCCAGCAUCCCGUCCCCGUCAACCACUGAGGCCCCCUCCUCCAACUCCGGAAUUUCCCUUGCAGCGCAAAUCACAGCCAUCAUCGUGCCUCUCGUAAUCAUAACCCUCAUCAUCUCCUGCAUCUUUCGCUGCCGCCGCAAGAAGCAGCGCGGCACCCGGAUUCAAUCCACCGAUUUUACCGAACAGCAGAACACCAGCACGGGCACCACCGGCACGGGCAUCAGCCAUAACGCCGACGGGCUGUCCUUUUACAGCGCCUAUUCUUCGUAUCCCAAGACACCUCCUCCCCCGCCGCCCACAUUUUCUGCUGGAAGGCUCUACGGGAGAGAAGCAAAAGAGGAAGAUGGCGAGGUUAUGAGCUCGCAUGAGAGGUACAUGAUGGAGAGCAGGAUGUUCAGGACACCAACACCUCAGUCGCCAGUUGGGCAAGGAGCGGGUAGGGGGCUGUGAAGAAUGGAGAUAAUUACUUUAGUAUCUGCCAACUGUAAAAUGAUAUAUAAUACAUCUGAACCAUACCACUAGGGCUUCUCCGGAG